CUCUCUCUCCUCUUUCCUCCUCUCUCUCUCUUUUGUUGCUUUUAAUUGAUUGUAUUUUAAUUCCAGCGCAGUUUCAUUAUGCCACUUGUUCUCAGAAUGAGCAUCUUGGCAUUUCCACUCGUCUUAUUUUUUUGUCAUCCACGGUGAUCUGACCCAGUUUUAGCGUCUGAGGCUGCCCAUGUGUUAGUGGAGAUGUUUCCCGCAGGAGAGGAGCUCCCCUCCGGGUUGUUUACCUCCCUGGAGGAGUCCCCUGGAGGAGCUGCAGCCUCCCCAACACUGGAGCUCAGCCUCACCACUGUCUACACUGUCCUCUACUCUGCCCUGUUCCUCUUCGUCUACCUGCAGCUCUGGCUCAUUUUGCACUACGGACACAAGCGCUUCAGCUUCCAGAGCGUGUUUCUGUUCCUGUGCCUGCUGUGGGCAGCUCUCAGGACCACCCUCUUCUCCUUCUACUUCAAAAAUGUGCUGCAGGCCAACCAGCUGCAGCCCCUGGCCUACUGGCUGCUGUACUGCUGCCCUGUCUGCCUGCAGUUCUUCACACUCUGCCUGCUCAACCUCUACUUCACACAGGUUAUGUUUAAGGCCAAAGCCAAGUAUUCUCCAGAGCUCACCAAAUACAAGGUUCCUCUACGUUUGUUCUUCCUGUGUCUCAGUAUAUUUUUCCUGGUGGUGAAUCUAACUUGUGCAUUGUUAGUGCAAGGAGCUCUGGAGCGUUCAGAAUCACCGAGUGAGGGGGGAAUCAGACAUGCAGUGUUGGCCCGAGUCCUGAUCAGCGACAGUCUGUUCGUCUUGUGUGCCGUCUCUCUGGCUGUCUGCAUCUUCAAGAUUGCCAAGAUGUCCUCUGCCAACGUUUACCUUGAAUCUAAGGGUACGUCAGUGUGCCAGGCGACCGCCGUCGGAGCCGUGGUGAUUCUCCUCUUCACGUCCAGGGCCUGUUACAACCUGGUGGUGGUGGUUCUGUCGCCACAGGACCGACCCAGUCCCUUUAACUAUGGCUGGUACAGUGGUUCUGAUCAGGCUGAUGUGCAGGAGAUCAGCGGUGAAGCCUACAUCGUGUUUGGGAUCAUUUCGUUCUUCUGGGAGCUGCUACCCACCAGCUUAGUUGUGGUUUUCUUCCGGGUCCAGCGACCCAACCAAAACCUGACUGCCGGAGGGAUGAUCAACAGCCACAGUUUCAGCUCCAGAACGUAUUUCUUUGACAACCCUCGACGGUAUGACAGUGAUGAUGACCUGUCCAGAAGCAAUACCAGUCGGGCUGAUCGAGCCAGCCUCCUCUCCAGCACGCCCCAGCUGGGUGCCUCGAGCUGGUACGGCUCCAUCCAAUGUAACGGGGCGCCGACGGUGGGCGUGGCUGGCGCUCAUCAGCCACCAUCCUCCACCGCCCCUGUGCUCUUUGCCUACGGGAACAUCCAGAGUCACCACCACCACCACAACUACUACUCCACCCCACAGAACAACAACUAUCACCACCAUCAUCACAGUAAUUACUAUUCCACGCCACAAAGUUAUUACUGCGGGUCGCAAACAUAUUUCUGCACCCCGCAGAAUUAAGCGUACGAAGGACUGACAUCUAAGUGUCAUUUGUCAUUUGCGUCACCAUUUUGCCUCCCCAACGUCAUCGAAGCAGGUGCUGUUGAGUGGUACUAUGAGAGAUUGCUGAGGACCAAGUCGCAUAGCACAAAAACUGGUUGUUUUGGAGGAAUGUGGGAAGUUGUUGUGCCACGACGAACUUCUUUUUGAAGACUUCACCAUCUUUAAAUUGAAAAAAAAGGACCAGAAUGAAAGCCAGCACAGUCCACAGACCAGAGUUUUACCACCUAACGCACCUAAGACUGCAGAGACCAAACUUUUUCUGUUAAAUGUUUGUCAUGCAAUUUUUGAAAGAGGAAUCAUCAGGGGCCUAAUAAUCGCUGUCAUGGUCCUAUUUCACAUUCCUUAUAAAUUGUGUUGUAUUCAGUUGUGCUUCUAUGGACGUUACAAGUGGGCUUAUUGAGUUCAAGUAGCUAAUGCUGGAGCUGCAAUGGCCUCAAGUCGUAAUAUUCACUGAGCAUUUAGCCGACUCAGUUGUCAAAAGUAGGUUGUGUUACUGUUUUCAGUGGGGACACAUAUGAUGCUGUCUGGAUAUAGGCAAGGUUCCUGUGGUCCGUCCAGACAAUGAAGGGGUGCUCCGCACCCUCGAGCCAGUGUCGCCACUCCUCCAAUGCCAACACCACAGCAAGUAGCUCUCGAUUACCAACAUCAUAGUUCCUCUCYGGGGGAUCAAGCUUGUGAGAGAAGAAAGCACAAGGAUGCAUCUUGUUAUCUAGGGGAGAGCGUUGGGAUAGUAUAGCACCUACCCCAGUCUCAGACGCAUCCGUCUCCACAACAAACUGAAGUGAUCGGUCAGGGUAGACGAGGAUGGGAGAGGAGA